AGAGCUUCAUCCAAGUUACUCGCGCCUACAUUUAUCAUCUCCACCUGCUAUCCGCCGGUUCCAGCACGCAAGUAACGAACACGAACCAACUAACUGCUAUCCUAUAAUCGAUCUGCCUUGCUUCACCUCUACAUCACUCACCUCAAGAAACCAUCUUUCCAUUAGCACCAUGUCUGAGCGUCUCACCGAAUUUGCCGAAAUCCCAAGACAGUUCGUUAAGGAAGGAACCUUAUUUGUGAACAGGUGUACUAAACCCUCAGCAGAAGAAUACAAGCAACUCUGCCGAGCUGUUGCUAUCGGCUUUGGCGUUAUGGGUGUUAUUGGCUACCUUGUCAAGCUCAUUCACAUCCCCAUUAACAACAUCUUGGUUGGCGGCGCUUAAAGGUACUGGUUCCAAGAAGAGAGUACAGUAUCUGCAGGUUGGAAUAAAAGGGGACAGGGGAUGGGUUGUAGAUUCUAUUGAUUUUUCUCAGUCGCAUGUCGGGAUAUUCUUUUGCAUCUCAUGUCACUGGCAUAUCUCUUUCCUUCGGCACAGUGACUGAAAAGGCGCUGGAAGAUCAUCUGCGUGACUCUUUAGGCGAUGUCUUUCAUUUUACUUUCCAUUUUAAAUUUAUGAAUUCAGAUAAUCUUCCUAAAAUGAUUAUUU